AUGCGUUCCAUUUUCCUUGAAUUCCUUCUUGCCUUUGUCGCAACAGCUCAAAGUGCAGCUGUCCCUUCUUCUCAUGUGCUUCACGAAAAGAGGGACCCAGCCUCUUCAAAGCAAUGGGUCAGACGCGAAAAGCUUGCAUCAACUGAAAUCCUCCCCAUGAGAAUUGGGCUGAAGCAGAGGAAUCUUCACCGAGGUCAUGACUUCCUCAUGGAUAACUCCCAUCCAGAUUCUGCAAACUACGGGAAACAUUGGACUUCUAGUCAAAUCAUUGACAUGUUUGCUCCCGAGCAAAAGAGCGUUGAUGCCGUUCAAGAAUGGCUGGAUGGCUUUGGAAUCGGACCCAGACGAGUGUCCCGAUCACAAAACAAAGGUUGGCUCGCAUUUGAUGCGACAACGGAAGCAGAAGAGAGCCUUCUCCACACAGAAUAUCACCACUACGAGCACAGGUCUUUGGGCCAUACGACUCUGGCGUGCGAAAGCUACCAUCUUCCCAAACACAUCCAAGAACAUGUAGACUAUAUUACGCCGGGUAUCAAACUCUUUGCAUCAACCAAAAACCGCCGCAACCUCAAGCGUGGAUUUGCUGCGGGAGAGCUUUCGACCUGCGACGAAUUCAUAACUCCUGCAUGUAUUAGGUCUCUUUACAAUGUUCCAGAAAUCCCUGAGUACGCCAAAACUGGGCCACGUGUUGACAAUUCGAUGGGAGUAUUUGAAGAAGGCGACUUUUACUCUCCGAAAGAUCUCGAGAAAGAUCUCUUUUUCGCUAACUUCACUCCCCGAAUUCCUCGAGGGACGCGGCCUAUCCCAGCCCUAAUCGAUGGCUCUGAUUUACACACAGAUGUUUUGUGGGCAGGAGGAGAGUCUAAUCUUGAUUUUCAACUUGCUUACCCACUCAUCUUUCCACAAAAUAUCACAUUGUUUCAGACAGAUGACCGCUACUAUGCGGCGACUGCUGGACCUAGGAGUGGUUUCUUUAACACAUUUCUAGACGGUAUAGACGAGUCCUACUGCAAAUACUCAGCUUUCGGUGAAACUGGAGAUGACUCGAAACUUGACCCAAAAUAUCCAGAUCCGAUGGUCUGGGGUUUUCAGGGCAAGACUAUGUGUGGGGUAUUCAAGCCAACAAAGGUGAUCUCUAUUUCGUAUGGAGGACAAGAAUCAGACUUGCCGGCAUACUAUCAGCAACGGCAAUGCAACGAAUUCAUGAAACUUGGACUUCAAGGCCACUCCGUCUUCUUUGCCUCGGGAGAUACGGGUGUUGCUGGGGCUCCUCGGCCUUUAUUGGGCAAGGACAGAUGUCUCGGUCCAAAUAGUACCAUUUUCAGCCCUGCUUGGCCAAAUACAUGUCCAUAUGUCACAAACGUUGGCGCUACAAAGGUUUUCCCCAACCGUUCAGUCAGGGACCCCGAAAGCGCGGUUGUUGACCCUCCUGGGCAUCCUUGGCGGGUGGCAUACUCUUCAGGGGGAGGCUUCAGCAAUAUUUAUGCUCGACCUGACUACCAGAAGCACGCUGUCAGCAAGUACUUGAGAGAUCAUAAGCCUCCGUAUCCGUGUUACGAGUCUAUUAGCAACUCAAGCUUUGACAAGCACGGCGGCCUCUUCAAUCGGCUGGGGCGAGCGUACCCCGAUGUAGCUGCUAAUGGCGACAACAUCGUAGUCUAUAUAAAUGGAGAGUUCCAAAUCUCUGGAGGGACCAGUGCCAGCACCCCGAUCUUCGCCUUCCUGAUCAACAGGAUCAAUGAGCUUCAUCUGAACGCUGGGAAGAGUACCGUUGGCUUCAUCAAUCCUGCCUUAUAUUCUCAUCCCGAGAUGCUAAAUGACAUAACGAAUGGGACGAAUCCCGGUUGUGGGACUGCUGGCUUCUCUGCUGCUCCGGGUUGGGAUCCAGUGACAGGCUUGGGAACUCCGAAUUUCCCAAAGAUGGUGAAGUUAUUCAUGAACUUGCCGUAG